CUUCUAAGGUCUUCUAAGGUCCGGGGGUUUUCCGUUUGUUUCUUAAAUAUUGGGGUGGAAUUGAAUUGUGAGCGAUAUUUAAACUGUAAACUAUCUUGAGAGACUUAUUUGCAUAAUCACAUAUGGCAUCAGACUGUACGAUAAUUUAUUAAUACAUCGUAUCGAACACGUUUUCAUUUUUAUGUCGAACAUUAGAAUGAAGGAGGGUGUCGGAGUCGACCGAUCGGGAGAUGAUGAGUACAAUCAGCUCGAUGAUCAUCAUUCCAGCGCGAGUGAUGGGGAUAAUAAUACGCUUGAGGUUACUUUCGAUCCGGGAAACCCAUAUCGACGGAAAAGUUCAUUGAUCUACAGUGAAACGGACGGACCUAAGUUCGCACAUUCCAGAGCCAAACCAUCCGCCACUCAAUGUUUAGUUCACCAAUUUCUAGAAGGCCACAGAUAUGAUAGACUUCGGGAAACUAAUAAUCAUAAACAUGAGGAUGUCACCAGCGAAGUCGGUUUAGAUGAUUAUGUUGAGCCAAAAGGGAAAACUGCUACCCCGCCAGCCCCUGCCUCAGCCGUGGAAUUGGAGAGUGAUGUCAGUACCGAAGCUGGGCAAAUUGACGAAAAAUCGUGGAAGGAUGCGGUUAAAAAGGGGAGAGCUAACUUGGAUCAUCAUGAGGGUGUCAAUAGCCGGCUACUCACAAAGAAAGAGCUGACCGAUAUGGCCUGGGGAGUUCGAGAGUUAAGCAGGAGGCUGGGUAGCAUACGACUGAAAUUCAAAGCUCGAAGGAUAUUCCUUCUAACCAAGGCUUAUGAUCGCGAGUUGAUACCAAAGACAAGAGCUGUAGCUAAGUGGCUUCUGAGUAAGGACAGAGAUGUUAGGUAUAUUGUCUAUGUGGAAGAAAGCCUAGAGGAAAACGAAGAAUUCGAUGCACCUGGACUAUUACGGGAACUGCAACAAGAGGACGAUGAUGGCAACCAUAUUGAUGGCCAUACUCCAAAAAGCGCAGUGGAUAGUCGGUUGCGCUUCUGGACGGAGAAGAUAUGCCGCAGGCGACCACAUACGUUUGAUUUUAUUAUUACCCUGGGAGGCGAUGGAACAGUACUCUACGCCAGUUGGCUAUUUCAGCGAAUAGUACCACCGGUACUCAGUUUCUCGCUAGGAAGCCUCGGAUUUCUUACUAAAUUCGAUUUCAACGAGUACCAAGACAUCCUCAACACGGCUUUUAGAGAUGGUGUAACCGUAAGCUUGCGUCUGCGGUUUGAAGGUACAGUCAUGAGAAGCCAAAAGAAACCCGACCAAUUGCCAGAAAACGAUGUUGUGGAUGGAAACAAGGUCCAUCGCAAACGAGAUCUAAUUGAGGAACUUAUCGGAGAGGAGCGAGACGAUGAACGCACCCAUAAACCAGACGGAACCUAUGAGAUCCUUAACGAAAUCGUCGUAGACAGAGGUCCUAAUGCGACAAUGUCCCAAACCGAAAUCUUCGGCGACGACGAGCAUUUCACCUCCGUUCUAGCAGACGGGGUCUGCGUAUCCACACCCACCGGCUCAACAGCCUACAACCUAGCAGCCGGAGGCUCGCUCUGCCACCCAGAGAACCCAGUCAUGCUAGUAACCGCGAUCUGCGCACACACGCUAUCCUUCCGUCCUAUAAUACUUCCCGAUACUAUCGUCCUACGCAUCGGUGUGCCCUACGACGCGCGCACCAACAGUUGGGCUUCGUUCGACGGACGCGAGCGCAUUGAAUUGUUCCCUGGGGACUAUGUGACGAUUAGCGCGAGUCGGUUCCCGUUUGCUAGUGUGCAGCCGCAGGGCAGGAGGAGUGAGGAUUGGGUUAAUAGUAUUAGUGCGAAGUUGGGCUGGAAUACGAGGCAGAAGCAGAAGAAUGAGGGGUUUAGGGCUUGGGGGGAGGGAAGGUGAUUUGGGGGGAUGUUAGAGUAAGCUCUAGACUCUGGACUGUAUGGGUAUAGGAUCUGAGGGUAUAGAGGUGCAUCCGUGGAGGUUAUAGGAUGUUAGGUGUUGACACCGGGACUUGAACACACAGUUCCGUCCACAUGGAAGUGUCGAGGCCUUGGAGUUAGGAAUAUAGUAGUGCUACUUGAUAAUUUGAAAAUCCGAGGUUCAAGCAUCUAGACUGGUCCACCCCUGAGAGACUACUAGGUAGGCUUCGUGUGUGGGGAGUCUGUGCGGGUGGUGGGUUCUUCUCGCCAACUUAGCUUUGUGAUCAUGGGGUUUAAUUGCUGAUUCUUAUCACGAGAAUUUUACAAUUUGUGGACGAUCCCAAAUGCAUGUUUGAUAUCGAUGUCACUUGGCUAAGUAAAGACAUCCUCUGCUGCAGUUGGGACCUGUGAAUCCAGAAGUAUCUGAAGCCAAGAAGCUAAAAGCAGCGAAAAGAGACUUGUGUAAGGGUCCUUAGUGUGGGG